UGAGAAGCAACGUGCAGAGCGAGAGCGGGAGUUGUUGAUAAGGCAGAGUUAUCUUGUUGACGUGCACGAUUGUCAACAUCAUGGAACAAAUUUUCCAACUUCUUGUUUCCUCUAACGCCUGAACGUACGAACAUGCUUUUGCAGAGAAGUGAGGAGGCAAUUAGGCUGGUGGAACAACGAAAAAACGACUUCCUAGAAAAAGUCGCAGAUGCACGCAGAGACCAAGGAGCGGCUUUUGGUCUCCUGACGAAGGCGCUUAAUACGGGCUUAUGGAACAAGAAAAUAGGAGUAGAAGUAGCUGAGUCUCAAACUCAAAAAUCUGAAGCAUGAUCAUGCUUUAUUUUCAUUUGAUUUCGAAGAAGAGCCAGCUAGAGAUCCGAGCACCUCCAUCUGUAGUUGAGUUGUGAGUAGUAGGCUCAUCUCUCGUAGUUGUAGAUGUACUGAUCUGGGCAAUUCACCAGCAUGACCAAGAAGUUGUAGUUCUACUUCUAGUGUCGAAGCUGUCAUACACAGGCGCUGAC